AUGUCAACAGUUUCAAGAGAAGAACUGGAAAAACAGAACUUGCAAAUUGAUCUGACUUUGCUUGAAAUAUCAAAUCGGAUCGAUGUGAGUUUAGAACGACAUUCUUUGAAAGGACUCUCAUCAAGUGUGCUGCCACCUGAGAUCUCAACAACUGAACUUCUGAUAACAUACUCACCACUUAAAGAUGGAGGUGCAUGGAUUAAUCGAUCAAAGUUAUCAGAGAAUGUAACACCUCGAACAUCUCCUGCAACACAUAAUAGAAAAUAA